CAAGCUCAUUCACUCAGCAAUGGUUUCUGAAACGACAAAGAAGCGACGUUUCGAGCAAGAAAGCAAGUCUCUGGCCGUAAAGCCAAAGAUAUUCCAUCCUUUUAGAGCUAUUGGAUAUAUCACGAACGAUGUCCCCGCAGCAUUUGAUGCUCGUGGUCAAGAUUUCUUCAUGACUACCUGCGUUGGUAAAAACUUUCAAAUCUAUAACUUGAAGAAGAUGAAUCUACUACUUGUUGGACCUCAGGCAUCCGCCCCCCUCACUGCGAUCGCCACAAUGAACAACAUUACCUUUGCCGCCUGUGGCAGCUCUUUGAUCAUAUACAAGCGAGCCAAGGAGAUCGGUAGAAUCACAAGUGAUUCUGAAUUUGUGAUCCUACAACUGGUUAUAUUUGGUGGACAUAUUCUUGGGCUGUGCGACGACAAUGUCCUCAGAAUGUGGGAUUAUAAAACACUAGAAUUAUAUACACAGGUUGAAUUUGGCGAGGACUUCACAGCGUCAGCAAUUUUACAUCCCAGCACAUAUCUGAACAAAGUUUUGGUAUCCAGUACCCAAGGAACUAUGCAAAUAUGGAAUAUGAGAACAAAUCAGUUGAUUUACGCUUUUAAAUCCUUUGAAUCUCCCAUCACCUGCCUUGCACAAACCCCUGUUGUGGAUGUCGUUGCCAUUGGCUUACUCAACGGAACUGUCAUACUUCACAACAUCAAAAUGGACGAAAAGAUAGAUACCGUACGGCAGGAUGAUCGGGUCACUGCCAUUUCUUUCAGAACCGAUGGGCAGCAUGUCAUGGCAACAGCGAAUAUGCAUGGCGAUAUCGCCUUAUGGGAUCUGGAGAAACGGACAUUAGUUCAUGUCAUGAAAGGUGCUCACGACGCAAGUAUCUCUUGUCUUCAAUUUUUGAAUUCGCAACCCAUAUUGGUGUCGUGUGGAUCUGAUAAUGCUGUUAAGCAAUGGAUCUUUGAUAAUUUGGAUGGUACUCCUAGACUUCUCAAAUCUCGUUCUGGACAUCAUUCACCACCAUCUCGAAUUCGUUAUUAUGGUCAGGACGGUCACUUCAUCUUGAGUUCUGGACGGGAUCGAUCACUUAGAGCAUUCUCAACCAUAAAGGAUGCCCAGACUGUAGAGUUAUCACAAGGUGCUUUGGCCAAAAAGGCUAAAAAUUACAACCUGAAGAUAGACGAAUUGAAGCUUCCUCAGAUUACACAAUUUGCUGCAUCUGAGCGCAAACAGAAAGAGUGGGAUAAUAUUUUGACUUGUCAUUUGAACGACAAUGGCGCUCGUUCGUGGUCUUACAAGAACAAGGCCCUUGGCAAGCAUGUGAUGCAGACUAAGGAUACCAGUGCAGCAAAGGCUGUAGCAAUUAGUAGCUGCGGUAACUUUGGCUUUGUAGGAUGCGCAAGUGGCUCCGUGGACAUGUUCAAUAUGCAGUCUGGACUGUACCGCAAAACUUUUGGCGGAGAAUCAGGCCAUAAGAAAGCUGUUACAGGUGUUGUUGGAGAUAAUCUCAACCGAUAUUUGAUUACAGCCUCCGUAGAUAGAACCAUUAAGAUUUGGGAUUUCAAUGCCGCAACACUCCUUCACACCAUUGCUUUGGAAUCACCAGUUGUUACUAUGGAGUUUCAGCGAAAUAGUGACUUACUUGCAGUCGCUUGUGACGAUUUGGGUAUCCGAGUUAUCGACAUCGAGACCCAGCGUGUUGUAAGAGAAUUCUGGGGACAUAGAAAUCGCAUUACUGAUAUGACUUUCAGUUCUGACGGACGAUGGAUCGUGUCUGCAUCUUUGGAUGCAACUGUCCGAACUUGGGAUUUGCCGACUGGCAACUUGGUCGAUGUAUUCAAGGUAGACGAUGUAGCAACAAGCGUCACUUUCUCGCCCACUGGCGACUUUUUGGCCACAACACACGUCGACAACGUAGGCAUUUUCCUAUGGGCUAAUAAGACCCAAUUCAGCAAUGUAUCUUUGCGAUCUAUCACAGACGAUGAGGUCGCCGAGUUGGUGUCUCUCCCCACUGCCUCUGGUUUGGAUGAAGGAGUCGAGGUUGAAGUCGAUACUGGUGCCGAUGAAGAUGAUGAUAUCGAUUCAAAAACUGAGCAGCUUGCAGAUGAUAUGAUUACAUUGUCCCUGUUGCCUCGCUCCAAGUGGCAGAACCUUCUUAAUCUCGAGACAAUCAAACUACGCAACAAAUCAAAGGAAGCACCUAAAGCACCCGAAAAGGCACCAUUCUUCUUGCCUACAUUGCCUGGUGUAGUAUCCAAGUUUGUCGCCCCUGAAAAGGUCCCAAUGACUGAGGACGACAGCCAUUUCAAGAGCAACUUUUCAAGUGAUUAUCAGCACGAGACUGAAUUUACUAGACUUCUACGUGCUGGACAUGACAGUGGUGACUUUUCUAGUUUCAUCGAUUAUAUGAAGACAUUGAAUCCUUCAGGAAUCGACUUUGAAAUACGAUCCAUGACUUUGGAUAGCGAACUUACUCUGCUAAACUAUUUCCUCGAAGCAAUGGAAUAUCAGCUUCGAACACGACGAGAUUUUGAACUGGUGCAAGCAUGGAUCAGUGCUUUCUUGAAUGUCCAUGGUGAUAUCAUUGUUGCCAACCCAGGUUCAAUCCAAGAUAGACUCCAAAACAUCCUUCAAUCACACCAAAAAGAGUUCACUCGUCUAUCAGAACAAAUACAUUAUGGUCUCUGUCUUAUAGACUUUAUCCGCAAAGCAUAAUCACAAUAAAUUCAUCCAGAUCACAUAAUUCACUUUUAUUAUAUUGCAAGUUUUUUAUAAUUACAAUUCUCUAUUUUUUGUUGGUGGGCACCUCAUCGAUU